AUUGCUUAUCUGAAAUUUAUCAUAUCAUAAUCAUUUGUUUACACAUUCCGUUUAUCUCUUUACCUAGAAUUGGGUACUCAGUAAAAUAUGUAGUAAAGUGUUGUAUAUGAACAUCUCUCGAAAAAAAAUAUCAUCUCGGAAGCUACAACUUACAGCCACAAAUUAGGAUGUGAAACAAAAAUUCAAUGAAAUGAAAAUCUUGUGCUCAAUUCUCGCCAUAACGAUAUUCAGAAUCGUGAGUUUGAAAACGAUUUCUCACACAAGUUUGGAACCUCCAAACUGCCCAAAUUUUUGUGUCUGUGAUCACUAUGAGAAAAUUGUGCAGUGUAUAAAUGCCAAUUUGAGUGGAAUUCCAGAAAAUAUAGAUGAAAAUGUUACAUUUUUCACUUUAUCCCACAACAACUUCAACGGGAUACCUAAGGGCAUUAAGAAUCUAGAGAAACUUUAUUAUCUGGACUUGUCGUACAAUCCAAGGAUAACUGUGGUUGAAGUAAACUUUGAAAGUGCAUCUCUGAGGAAUCUUCAAUUAAAAAGAUGUUCCAUCGACUACAUAGAAAACAGUAUCUUCAAAGGUUUUCCCAACUUGGAAAUAGUGAACCUUUCAGGAAAUCCAAUUACUUUUCUUAAUAAUUCCCUAGUCUCUCUCUCUUUGAAAUCCUUAGUUUUAAGUGAAUGCAAAUUGAAAUACGUGAAGCCAGAUAUUUUUUCCAAAUGGGCAUCUUUAACGUUUUUAUCGCUUGGUGGUAACAGCAAUCUAAAGCAGCUUCAUAUCGAAUCAGAAAAUGUACUGACACUGGACCUUGGAAACUGUAAUUUGGAACACCUUCCCCAUGGUCACAUGAUGAAACUGGAAGAUUUGGAUUUGCACGGAAACAACAUCCAGCUAUUAAGGAAUAAAAGCUUCACCUAUUCGCCGAAUAUUGGAACAUUGAACAUGUCUUACAACGCUAUAAAAUCCAUCGAAGUCAAUAGUUUUUCACACUUGGAAAGGAUGACAGAGCUCGACCUUUCUUACAACAGAUUAACAAGUAUAGAAAAAACAGCGUUCAAGAAGAACCUGAGGUUGAAGUCCUUGUAUUUGUCGCACAACUACUUCAGGAGGAUCAAGGGUAUAGCUAGCGAUAGCUUGAAUUUCCUAGAUAUGAACUCUUGUGAAAUUAAUUUAUUGACACAGUACUCCUUAACAAAUUUACCUGCAUUGACUGAAUUGCACUUGGUACGUAAUCAGAUAUCGCACAUACCUGAUAAUAUUGAAGCAGCUCACUUGGUUUACUUAGACGUCAGUUAUAACGACAUAAGCUCCUUGAACAAUGCUACCUUUGCUUCGCUGAAGUCUUUAAGAUUCCUCGUGUUAUCAGGUAAUAAACUAACAACCUUAGAUCCGAAUUUCUUCCCUCAAGUGAUAGAUUUGUCAAUCGAAGAUAAUCCUUGGUUGUGUGACUGCGAAGCUUUGCGUUCUAUUUAUUAUUGGAUGAUAAGAACGGACCAGAACCUGAAGAAGCUGAGGUGCCAACUGCCGGUCAAACUAGAAGGCCUCACUUGGGAAGAAGCUUGCUCCAGCACUUGGUCCAAAGUGAUAACCCCUAAGGCCAACGUUUGGAUGUACAGUUUGUCAUUUUUCAUCACUGUUGCAGUUCUGAUUUUCUUGGUGUUUGUCUCUAAGAAACUAGACCAGCGAAGAAAAAUUCAAUCUGAGCAGCAAGCUGCAGAGAGAUUGGCAGCUGAGAGGGAGGAAUUUGUUCAAAGGCAGCAGAGGAGGGAACGUCUUCGACAACUUGAAGAACAAGAGGAGUCAAGAAAUGCACCUGAUCCAAGGGAAUCCCAGGGACCUCCAACCUAUACAGAAGCUCUUAUGUUACCUAGAUUAGAUGCCUCACAUCCUAGCUUAGCUGGUAGUUUACAUAGUUUCUCAUCUUUGAGUAACAGUAAUCCAGACGUUUCAAAGAGGAGGAGGGCAAGAAGGAAACGCAAAAGGAAGACAUCGAAUUCUAGGCCUGAAGUUGCCUCUAACCCUAACCUAACUGAAGGAGAAUUAGACUUAACAGAUAUUGAAGUCCAACAGCGAAAUGCAGAAUUGGAAGAGAGUAGUUUUUGAACAUUUUCAAAAUGGCAUAUCCUACCAGUAUUAUACUGCAUUUAAAAUUAAUCAUAGAACGUUGUUAGGCUGUCUAUUGAUAAUAUAAGUAUAAUUUAUUUAGGUUAACAAUUUAAAGGGGAACACUGAAAUAGUCUAAGAAUUUAAUACCAACAAUUUUUAUAUUUCUUUAAUAUUAAAUUUUGAAUAUCAAAAUAAAAGUGAUACAGCAAAAUCAU